AGUGUGCAUGGACGGUUCGGUCGCAUUGAGUUACUUUCAGUGCUUCGCUAGUGACUGCGUUGUGUUUGACGAUUGUGCGUUUAGGUGAUGGAAGCGCGUCUUCCCUGACCGCGGCCAAAAUGCAUAUCCUGGAAAUAGGCGCUGAGCAAGAUGAAGAAAAUGGUCUGGCCAGAGUUCCUGUGGAUGCAGCAUUCAGGACUGUUCCUCGCGAUCACACCACCUUCCUAGUAUGGCGAGUCACGGAAUCAGCGACGGAAUUACUCCCACGCUCGCACUACGGCACAUUUUACGAUACUGAGGCAUACUUGGUGUACUCCGCGUCUCUGCCUGGCCAACCUGCAGGCCCUGAUGUCAUUCGGCGGGAAAUAAAGGAGAAUGGCAAUAGCGAAUGCGCUGAGCGUCACGUCCACACGUGGGCGGGCGAGCGCUGCGGGCUGGGUCCGCUGGCGCUGCGCCGCGCGAGCCAGCUCGCCACGCACGUCGCAGCUCCACUGGUCACCCACCGGGAGACCGCUACCAAGGAGUCGCCGAGACUACUGUCUUAUUUCCGCGACGGUAUAAGAAUCCUCUGUAAUAGCUCUGGUAACGUAAAUGGAGGAGGUCGGCUAUACCGAGUCCGCGGACGCAGACCAGUACUGUUGCAGCUGGAACCGGUGUCUUGGGCUCACCUCUCCUCCGAUGGGGUCUUCGUACUGGACACGUCAUCUCUCAUUGUAUUGUGGUUAGGACGAGCUGCUAAUCUUAUUGAGAAGAUGUUUGGUGCUAAGAUCGCGUAUAGAAUGGCACGCGGCGCGGACAAAGGCAUGAUGACCCGUCGAAUCACAAUAGCUCACGACGGAUACGAGCAGACGCUACCAGCCGCAGACAAAAAUCUUUUAGACGCUAUGCUGGAUCUCCGUGCCCGAUCUGUAAAACCAGUUGCUCUAGGACAAGACCCUCCUCGUCCAGCUCGACUUUAUAAAGUUACACAACCUCCAAGAGCGGUUACCGUUACUGUACCUUCACAGAAACCAGCUGCCCGUUUGGAAGAAAUUAAACGUGCUCCACUUCACAAGGCUGAUUUAAAUGAAGAUAACAUAUACAUAGUAGACGCAGGAUCUCGUGGGGUAUGGGGAUGGGUUGGCUUAAACGCACCGAAACCGCACAGCCGCGGCGCAUUAGCCGCAGCCCGUGGGUUGGCUCGUGCGCGACGCUACUCUGGUCCCGUCUCAGUGACUGUGUCUGGUCGGGAACCAUUAGAAUUCGCGGCGUUAUUUCAUGAGUGGAACUGGUGUGAUUCAAGACGGGAUGUGAGACUGCGGGCCGCUCGCGCUGCUACUACGAAACUUGAUGCCGUUAGCCUAUCCACCAAUGCGUGGUUAGCAGCUGAGGCCCAGGUACCAGACGACGGCUCAGGAGCCUUACGAAUGUGGCGUGUGCGACGCGAAGAGGAGUGCGAACGCGAGCGAAGCGCGCUGCAAGAGCUGGAGCGGCCGCAGCAGGCGGUGUUCUACGACCGAGACUGCUACAUCGCGCUGUACACCUACCACGCUCCUACCGGCGAUCAAACUAUUUUGUAUUACUGGAUGGGUGGCUCUUCGCCAAAUGAUCUGAGGAAUUUGGGUGCAAAGGAAGCCAGAGACCUCUAUAUAAAACUAGGGCGUCUUCCCAUUCAGGCUUGGGUUUAUCAAGGCAAAGAACCAGCACAUUUUCUUCAAAUAUUCAAAGGACGAAUGGUGACUUAUUGUGGCAGCGCUACUAAUUAUGAUCCCAGCGGCCGUCGCGUGAUCCCACCACCACGCGCUCUCAUCCAAGUAUCCGGGCAGUACGCGCGCGAGGCCCGUGGUGUGGAGGUGUGUGGGGCUGGGAUCGCGCGUGGUGCGUGCUACGUGGUGCGGGAGGGCGCGCGCGUGUGGGUGUGGUGCGCGGCCACCGCCACUGGGGAUGAACGGGAGGUCGCUAAGAACAUGGCCGCCGCGGAGCAUGUGCUUGUGAUGCAGGGAAAAGAAAAACCAGAUUUCUGGGCUGCUUUGGGAGAGAGGCGUCAUUUAUUGGUAGCGUCACCACUGAAAGAAAUGCAGCGACCUUUACCACCACGCCUCUUUUACGUCUCGAUUUGCCCACCGGCACAUUAUUCUUUCGAAGAGAUAGUGUCGUUCAGCCAAUACGACCUGGCGCCCGAGAUGGCGACGGUGCUGGACGUGCACGCGGCCGUGUUCGUGUGGCUCGGGGCGCACUCCUGCGUGCGCGCUAAGGACGACGCUAGGAACAUCGGUCUGGCGUACUUGAAUAAUGAUCCAGCAGCCCGCGAUCUGGAAACACCAAUAUUCGUCCUCAGCCAAGGUCGAGAGCCACCCAAUUUUACCGGAUUCUUUCCACAUUGGAAGAAUUCUAUGUGGAAGGGUCAUAAAACAUUUAGUGCAAUAGUCAGCGCUUUAGAAGGAAAAGCGAUAGUGCAAAAUGGAAAUAGCGCCCUACAAAACGGUAACACUGAGAAUCAAUUCGACCAGCACGAAAAGUACCCGCUUUCAGUUCUUCGCGGGCCGAAAGAACACAUGCCGCUGGAUGUUGACCCACUCACUAAAGAGCUUUACCUCACGCACGAUGACUUCGUUUCAACAUUCCACAUGCCGUACAGCGAAUUUCGAACUUUGCCGACUUGGAAACAAAAGGAUAUCAAGAAAUCUGUGGGACUGUUUUAAUCACAACUAAUCGUCGCACAUCACACACGCACCAAAUAUUCUAGUAUUUCAAAUAAUUGUCACAAAAAUAUAUGGAUAUUGUUAUUAUUUAUCUAUGUAUAAUUUUAAUGUAAUGAGAUCUAAUUAUUAAAAUAUCAAAUGUAGUUGUUGGGUGAUAAAAUUGUUAUUUAUUAUAUUAAGCAUAAAUGGAAAUAAAUUAUUGUUCUAUUGAUAAAGUCAAAACAGCUUUUAUUAUUUAAUAGAUAUAUUGAAUGUAUUGCAUUAUAUAGAAAAAAGAUGAUUCAAUAUUGUUAAUUAAUAUUUUUAAUUGUGAUUGCUUUUUAAUUAAUGCUUUAGAAAUAAAAAACUUAUUUUUAAAA